CGGACCCGCUCGGAGGGUGGCGGCCUAUUACCUCGCAGCGCAGCGACCGGGACCCGGCUGGCGCAUGCCUGUCUCGGGCCGGACCGUGGAGCGGACGGCUGCGGGCGCGCGGCGGCGGAGAGCCGGGGCAGCGGGAGAGCAUCCGAGCGCCCCGCGGGGAGGCUGGACAGCCCGGGCUCGGCCGAGGACGCUGCUCCGCAGCCGGCGGGCAUCAUGGCAUCGCUGGCGGACCGGGUCCGGGGCAACGGGCGCAUCGCCGCCGGGCUCCUGUUCAACCUGCUGGUGUCCAUCUGCAUCGUGUUCCUCAACAAAUGGAUCUAUGUACACCACGGCUUCCCCAACAUGAGCCUGACCCUGGUGCACUUCGUGGUCACCUGGCUGGGCUUGUACAUCUGCCAGAAACUGGACAUCUUUGCCCCCAAAAGUCUGCCGCUCUCCAAGCUCCUCCUCCUGGCCCUCAGCUUCUGUGGCUUUGUGGUCUUCACCAACCUUUCUCUGCAGAACAACACCAUAGGCACCUAUCAGCUGGCCAAGGCCAUGACCACGCCGGUGAUCAUAGCCAUCCAAACCUUCUGGUACCAGAAGAGAUUCUCCGUCAGAAUACAGCUCACGCUGAUUCCUAUUACUGUAGGUGUAAUCCUAAAUUCUUAUUACGAUGUGAAGUUUCAUUCCCUUGGAAUGGUGUUUGCCGCCCUUGGUGUGGUAGUCACGUCCCUUUAUCAAGUGUGGGUCGGAGCCAAGCAGCACGAACUGCAGGUGAACUCCAUGCAGCUACUUUACUACCAGGCCCCCAUGUCUUCUGCCAUGCUACUGGUGGCUGUGCCCUUCUUCGAGCCAGUGUUUGCAGAGGGAGGAAUAUUUGGUCCCUGGUCAGUUUCUGCUUUGCUUAUGGUACUGCUGUCUGGAGUAAUCGCUUUCAUGGUGAACUUAUCGAUUUACUGGAUCAUUGGGAACACGUCACCAGUCACAACAACCUUAGUUGCUGAAAGCACAGUAAAUUCACUUGUUUUGAGAUGGGCCUCCCGCAGCCAAGGCUGGCCUGGAUAUGUAACCGAGAUUGAUAUAGUCUUCCUGCCUUUACCUCCAGAGCACCUGGCUUACAGCUGUGAGGCACAACACCCAGCUAACUGUUGAACUUUUAAGGUUUCCCUUUUCCAACCUAAUAUUCUGUACCUAGCGUGCACUCUCCGUUUCCUGUUUCUUCAGUUAGAAAUCAAGUCUACAUUCAUUGCGGGACAGGAGUGGGUGGGUCUUACCAGUCACCCUGGGAGACACAGAAUCAGUCUGAGAUCUUCUAGGACUCCCUGUGGCAAUGGCGGGCCUCCUGAUCUGUCUCUGGCUGGAGCUGAAGAGCCAAGCCAACCCCCACAGCCUGUACAUCUUAGAGAAUUAUGGAGAGACUCGUUGACCACAACUGUAAGAGUCAAAAAAUAAACGUUCACGCAGAUAGUGUUUCGCUUGCACCUACGUCUGUACCACAAGCACGGCUGGUUCUCGCAGAGGCCAGAAGAGGGCAUUCCACACCCUGGAACUAGAGUUACAGAGGGCUUGGGAGCCACCAUGGGGAUCCUGGGGAAAGAACCAAGCCCUCUUCAAGAGCAGCAAGGACUCUUAACUGCUGAGCCGUCUCCAGCCCUCAGAAUAUACAACAAAAAUGUGGGAAGGGGAAAAAGAAAAAAGACUGGAUUUUGUUUGAAACAUUCAUAUUUGCUCGCAUCUACUCUAAAGGUUUAAGUGAGCCAGUUUCUCUUUAUUACCUUGUAGUCAGGGCAGAUCCUGUGCCAUCUCAUCUGUGGAACUUGAUCAAAGUUGAAGACUCUUAUAUCAUUUGAUCCAAGGGACAGAGAUGGUGAGGUGGCUGGUUGUGCCUCAUUCCAACUCUUUUGUUUGUUUGUUUGGUUUUCAAGACAGGGUUUCUUUGUGUACCCUUGGCUGUCC